AGAAAUCCUAGCAAAUAACAUAAGACAUGUUCUUCCGCCACCAAUCAAAAAACAGAAAAGAAAAAUAAACAAACAAACAGAAACGUAUUAAUUAAACCUUCCAAACACAGGACCCCUAGCUAUCUAGCGCCUCUUCAAACUUCAGAGAGUUUAGAGAGGCAGCUAAAUCAUAAAUAAAAUCUUGUGUGUGUGAACUCUGAUUCUGUAACAAUGGAAGGAGGUGUAAGAGAAAGCUCGGUGAUACCAGACUCAGUGAUGGACUCUGUGAACCGAACCUUAGCCAACGUAGAAGAUGUUCAGACCCAUUUGCUCAACUUCUUGUCUCUCUACGACCCACAUGUCCUCUCUCAAAUGCCGCCUCUCCAACGGGCUCAGACUUUGCUCACCCUUGCCAAAGCCACCACUACCCUCUUCACAUUGAGGUUGAGGUGUACUGGAGUUCACCCAGAUGACCAUCCAGUCAAAUCAGAGCUUGAAAGAUUAAGUUUGUAUGAAGACAAACUUGAAAGGCUCAUAGACUUGAGUAAAGCACCGCUUCGACCUUCUGCUACGUUGAAUUCUCAGGCAGCAACGCGCUUUAUCGAGCAUGCCUUGCCAGACCUUUCCUCAGAGCAAAAACAAAGUAUGAGAAGUAUUAGUAGAGGAGAGGGGCCAACCAUUAAGUAUCUUGAGAGGAGUGUCCAAAAGAAGAGAAAGUAUCAAUCAUCUGAAAAACAAUCUGUUCAAACUGCUGCCAAGGAAUUUCUGGAGAAGGCAGCCCGUGAACUUCUUGGUGAUAAUAAAGGUGGUUUAGUGGGACCUCUACAGGCUGAGGCUUUAGAUGAUGAUGACAUGCCUGUGAGCUAAAUUUCAUGCUUUAUCCAGGAUUGAGGAGACAGGCCGCCCAUGUUCAUUAUUGUCUUAAAGCAAGUGUUUAUUUCAAUCUCCUUAUGCAGGAUUCUGCUUUUUAAAUAUUCAAUUUUCCCAGUAAUUGGUUUAUAAACUUCUGAAAUUUACAUGAGAGAUGUCCAGUAUUUGAGUCUUUAUCACCAUACCAAUAGUUGAAGUUGUUUCCUGAACUGUGAUGAUUGAUGGGGAAAAUUGUUUUGGUUAUUGAGUUCUCCAUCCAUUUGCAUCAGUAGCUCUUUUUCCAACAGCUGUACAAUCCACAUAUAUUUGGAUUAAAUCUUAUCUUAUAUAAUGUUGAUGAUGACUAUGGUUUUGAAUUUAUGAUGAGAAUGUGAUCAAUGGAUUCACCAUGUUUGGUAUA